CACGUCUGCGAGGGGAAGCCAGAUUACUGCGGAGCAUCUGAAACCUCAGUUGUUAUCAGAUCCAUUAUUGAAAAUGUAAAAAUAUACUCGAUGGCAUGCUGUCGGAUGUUUUGACCCUGGGAUGGAUUUAGAGGAGGCUUUCCAGGUGGUUGGAGAAUUCGGUAGACACCAGAAGCGGAUGAUCACCAUCCUGGUUUUCCUACAGAUUUACAUGGCAUGUCAGUCCAUGCUCAUAAUUUUAGUGGGUGCUGUGCCAGAAUAUCAUGUAGAACCUUUUACUGAAGGUGUGGAUAGUGAUGUAACUCAACACAGUGUGAAGUUCACUGAAGAUGUCAGCUCAAUCGUGACUGAGUGGUACCUAAUUAAACAUCAAGCCUACAAAGUGAACUUGGCUGGGUCCCUGUUCUUUGCUGGUGUGCUGAUCGGAAAUGUCCUGUUUGGACCACUCUCUGAUAAGAUUGGAAGGAAGCCGGUUUUUCUAACUGGUCUGUUUUUCGAGGUCUUGUUUGGGUAUGGCACGGCGUUAGCGCCCAGCUAUGAGUUGUUUGCCGUGUCUCGUCUGCUAGUGGGGUUGAUGAAUGGAGGAAUGGCAUUGGUCUGCUUUGUUCUCACUCAGGAAUAUGUGGGAAAGUCCUACUGGGCUAUGACAGGGACCUUGACUAAUAUGACCUUUGCAGUGGGCAUCGCUCUGUUUGGCGCCUUAGGUUAUUAUGUUCGGCCGUGGCGAAACCUAGCAACUGUGGCCAACUGUCCAGGACUUUUGCUCUUCCUGCUCUGUGUGAAUUUGCCAGAAUCUCCACGCUGGCUUUAUUCUCGGGGCCGCACAAAGCAGGCCGAGGACAUCCUGCAGUAUUUUGCUGUGAGGAACGGGAAAGGCAGAAUUCUAGUGAAGCUCCGCCGGACCGCCAACCCCAGCACUCCGGACGCAGCCAGCCCUGGGGUUUUCCAGCUGUUCACACAUCCCAUACUGCGCUGGAGGACUGUGGUGCUCAUGUAUGUGUGGUAUGCCUGUAGCCUUGUGUAUUACGGAUUGACCCUCAGUGCCAGUGAAGAGAAAGGUAAUCGUUACCUUAGUGUUGCCAUGUAUGGGCUGGUGGAACUCCCUGCUUACCCUCUCUGCAUGUACUUCAUUAACAAACAGUGGGCAGGCAGGAGGAAGUCAAUGGCCAAUUUUCUCGCCUUUGCAGGUGUAUCCUGUUUGCUCUCAACGUUUUUACCUGUAUCAGGGUCCUUAUUAAGUGCCACAUCAUUGGCUUUAGUUGGAAAACUGCUGGUCAGUGCUGCAUUUAAUAUUGCGUAUGUGUAUACAUCAGAGCUCUACCCAACUGUCAUCAGGAAUGCAGGGUUGGGUGUGUGUUCUAUGUCCUGUAGAGUUGGGGGAAUUCUGGCACCGUUUGUGCCGAGUUUGAAACCCUUGCACGCCUCCAUGCCUUUUAUGGUGUUCUGUUUGAGUGGGAUUUCGGCGGGCUGCCUGGGGCUCCUCCUACCGGAGACACUCAAUAAACCUUCUGCCGAAACUCUUGAUGAACUGUCCAGCCCCACCUACCAGCGAAUCUUAGAGCCGCAGGUCCACCUUUUGGAAGACAAGCAUUUAAUUGACCACAAUGGAGCUGAUAGUGAAUGAGACAAGGACUUUGGAAACAUUUGAUCAGUUCCUAAGCACAGUUGACCAGUGUCAGAAUGUUGUCCCAUACAGAUAGACUAAGGGCGCUUUUCCACUGCUCGGUACCGUAAGGCACGUUCGGUGUGGCACGCCUUAGCACUUUUCCAUUAUGUCAUUUAUAUUACUGCCACUUGUUUUUGUUCCAAACUUGUAUGCUGGCAUUUUAUCUGUGGAACAUCAUGCAAUUGUAGGGAUUUAAGUUCCUUCAGGUGAGGACAUUUUUAAAUUGGACCAUGAGAUUUGAAAUUCCAUGGGGAAUAUAAUCAUAAAAUUGAUUUAUAGAGAUUUUUUUUGUUUUUUUUCCACUGAAAAAAUGAAUUUACAUUUUUGGGUGAACUAUACUUAAGAGACCAGUUAUUUUUUUUCCAAAAGGAGAAGUGAAGUGUUACAUAUGUAUAGUUGUGUAUAUUUCAGUACAUUGCUGAAAAUGCGUUUGUUUUAAUCUUCACAUUCAAGGGAAAAGCUUUGAAAUAAAUGCCUGUAAAAUAAUGAGCUUGAACGUACAUGUCCGUCUGUCACCAGUAGAUGGCACUGUGUUGAAGGCCACUUCCCCUGAACUGAGGUAACCGCCGUUGACCUGUUCCAGGCCUCAUGGUGAUGAUGUCAGCUUUGACGCAGGUGAACAGUGCUCAGGUGAACCACAAGAUUCAGGAGUAGGGAGUAUUAAAGAAGCCGGGACACAACUUUCAACCGCAAGCCUCUUUUUUUUUAUUCUUUCCUUGCUGUAAUCGCAGCCUGUGGCGCUCCAUGUAGCUGACGGAACAGGUUGAGAGAGAGCAGGCAUUAACUAUAAUAACUGUUUUAAUUCCUCCUCCAAGGCCUGACGGGCAUUGUAUUACUGCGCAGGGAGAUACACAGUGGGGUGGCGUCGUCAGUGCAUUCUCUUGUGUUCAACUUAUAAUAAUAAAAAAAUAUGUGUUUUUAUUAUGUCUCUUUCAUACAUAAACCUACUUUUGUUGGUUUAAAUAUAAUAUUGUGUUUGUAUGUAAAUCUUAACUAUCACUUUUUUUUAUCAAUUUAACACAUACUUGCUGAAUAAAAUAAUUUCUUUAAUAAAAAAAAGCCUGACCCCCAAA